AUGGAGUAUUAUUCUAUGUUUCUAAUAUUAUUCAUCAUUUCCUUAAGUUAUUGUUUGGCAAAUGCUACAAAUAUUGUUACUGAUACUUGCAUGAACAUCUCAAAAUCCGACCCGGAUUACAUCAAGUAUGAUUUCUGCGUAAAGACAUUCGAGUCGGAUCCUCGAAGCUCCAACACAAGUAUUGAUGGACUUGUAGAGAUCUCCUUUAACUUAAGUUCAUCCAAAGCAAUAUCCAUUUCUACAACCAUUGCUCAACUCUUAAAAGAUCCGAAGUUCGACCCGUUUGGUAAGAGCGCAUUGCAAGCUUGUUACGAGAUCUAUUCGGAUGCUCCGGAUGAUCUACAAGCGGGUCUUGAGGCAUUGAAGAGGGGGGAUUUUUCCACAGCUAAUGUACGUGUGAGUGGAGCUCUAGAUAUUGCACCUGAUUGUGAGGAUUCAUUUCAAGAUAAGCAAGGGGAAGUGUCUCCUUUAACUAAGGACAAUAGUGAAUUUUUCCAAUUAGUUGAUAUUUCUCUUGCUUUUACUGUUCUAUUGAAAAAGUAACUUGGUUACUUAUUAAUUCUUCUGUCCCAAAAUGAAUAAUUUUCUUUGCGAUAAAGCACAUAAGCUUGGAACUUUUCCGAUGUGGGAGAACUGAAGACUAAUAAACUAUUGUUGCUAAAUUAAACCUUCACUUGCACUAGCAAACACCCCAUCUGGCCAUCACAAAGAAGGUAAGUCAUGACAA